AUGACGUCAUGCGCUCGGACCGAGCCGUGACCUGCUGCUCUGGCUAUGCUAGGGGCUCGUGCCAACAGAUGUUCCGCAGAAAAUACAGUAAAUACGCAUUUUUGUCAAACGUGUUUUAUUAAACCUUUCAGGGGUUAGUGAUGUUUAGAAGGUAACGGAUAUGACAGCAGGGACUGUGAUAAACGACGACAAGGUUUUAUUAGCGCGUGUUUAUCAUUGAAGUUUACCUGAGCUAGCUUACGAGCUAACUGGAGCCUGUUUCUUUACUGUUAAAGUGAAACAGAAACCAGAGCUUUUAAGGUUUAAUGUUUGCACAGUCUGUCGUUGAUUAAACUCUAUCAGGGUUGGGCAUUUUUUACAUUAAUACUGCUGUUAUUGUUCGUUUUUGCGUGCAUUGAUUGUUACUUUACCAAUACUGUACUAAUAAGAUGUAACGAUGAUCCGUGAUUUAGAUAACUAUAAGAAAGUAGUAGGAGUCAAAUACUAAAGCCGUGAACAAUAUUAUGACCAUAUUAUACAUGAAUACUGAAGCAUAACAUUAUUAACCAAUCAGAAUAUAGAAUUAAGUGAAAACUGUGCAGCAAUGUGAUCAAAUUUAGUCGUGUUUUGACAUUUCUGUAACUCCUUGUAGGGGAGACUAGGGUAAGUUGAGCCGAAGGGUAAGUUGACUCACCCCCUAUUGCUUGGAAAUGGUAAAAGAAAUUGAUCAUGUGACCAAAUAUUUAGGAGAUGGGCAUCAAUUCAUGGAGCCUGUGAAGGUUUGAAGCAUAUGGGUGAAGGGGUUAGACAUUUAUUUACAAACAAAAACAUUUUUCACUCUUGCAAGUAAAUUUAGUCUGUCAUAAGCUUUAUCAGAAUUGUGUUCAGACCAAAAAAGAUCAUUUUAAAUUUGUUUUAUACAUCAAUUGUGGUAUCUAUGAGCUACAACACGAGGUCAAAAUCUAACAUAAAAUUCCACCAUUUUAGCUUAGAGGACUAAUAAAGUUAUAAUAGUAGUUCUGGCUCAACUGAGAAAGUAAAGAAGUCUGAUGAGAGGAUCAGAGUUUCAGUUCAGAUUGUUAAAAUGUUUUACUUUUUCUUUUCAAAAAUACAGCUGUGAAUGUUCUGAAUCACUUAAAUACAUUCUCAUGUUAAAAUGACUUUUUACAAAACAGCUUUUUUAGCAGUUAUUUGCAAUAAUAAUAAAAAAAAAUAUUGUACCAAAUGAAUAGUGAAUAAUAGAUAAAAAUACAGAUGAAUGUGAAUAAGUGACUGUUAUUUAGGGAGAGAGAUGGUGAGGGAGGGCUGAGGUAGAGAGUUAGAGGGGUUAGUAGGGAUAUGGCUCAACUUACCCCGCUCCUAUGGUCAACUUACCUCAUACACAGGGUAAAUUGACCAUAGGAGACCACUUUUUUUGGCAUGCUAUAUUAUCAAGACAGUUUUGUUUACACUCAUUCUGUUGGUUUGCAGGGAUGCACAACAUCUUGAAAUAUAUGCAGAUACACUAGUUAGAGAAAAUACUAAGGCUGUGUCCGAAAUGAAUCACUAAAUCCCUAACCCCUAACCCCCAUAUGGGGUUUCACUACAUAGCUGACUAUGUAGUGAACUCAAUCACCGGAGGUUUCGGACACUACAUGGCAUGACGCAAUGCGUGACGGGAUAGUCACUACAUUUUACAAUGCUUUAUGGGAAAUUUUGAGUCGCCUAUAUUGGGCACUGGAAUUGAUUACUGAGGGUUUGGACACCCCUCAAAAUGGCGCUAACCCCCAUGUAGUCACCUAUAUAGGGGUUAGGGAUCCAUUUCGGACACAAACUAUGAUUGACUUGAUGUAGUGAUCCAUAAUCUGAAAAAUGGCUCAUUUUACCCCACUCUCCCCUACAUCAAACAAAGUUUUACAGCCUUAGUCACUCAUCUUGCAUCAUUUUGGGUUGUACCUCUAUAUUCAGAGAUCCGUCUCGUUGCAGAAGUUGGACCCUCCUCAUCAUGGACCCCUGAAAUCUUCAGUCACAGGGGGACUCAUCAGGUCGCUUUGACUCGGUGGCUUGCUGUGGACCAGAGGUCAGCGUUCAGUCGACGGCCUAUCUGACCUCCCGAGCAGAGGGAGCGAGCAGAUGGGGAACUGUUGCUGUCAAGCUGAGAGUCCCUGUGGCAGCGCGGAGGAGAGAAGUGUUUUGCUGAAAAAUGACUCAAAGACCACAGUGACCUCAGGCGAAACCACGGUGGGGGGAACUUGUGGUCCAGGAGGUGAUGAUGACAUAAGGUAAGUGACACAACAAUGAACUGUUGAGACUGUUAAACUGUUGGAUAACUGAGAAUGGUUGGUUUGUAGUAGUAAUAGUAUGAGCAGAAAUAAAAUCUGGUAGUAGGAAGGUGCUCAGACAUCAAAACUUUUAAUCCUCUGUGUUAAAUGUUACCUGUCAUCCAGCAUCUUGUCAGUCAGGGGAUUUUCGAUUAUGGCAUUUCUUACCCUCUCUUCUGUGUUUUGUCACCCAGGAAACCACUCAGUGAGGACAAACUGAAGGUGGAGAUAAAGGCCGAGGCUGUGCUGGUGAAGCAGAGUGCUGAGGUUGCAGAAAAGGAGCUCAAUAACGCUCAGGAGAACGGGCCCUUGCAGAAGGAAGCAACACAAACAACAGCGUCCUCUCCCGGGAGAGGAUCUGAACUCCAUGAAAACUCCUCCAGAGCACAAGAUGAAGAUGAGGACAAGAAGGAGUGCCAUCCUGCAGAAGUUGAACACCCUAAACCUCUGCAAUGCACUUUACACUCCCCUCAAAAAGAACUCACCACAGCCGAUUGGGAUGUUCCUCCAGCUACAAACACAGCAGAAGAAAAAGUGGCCUCACCACAGGACAAAGUCCCUGAUAGCAGAGUGGUAACAGCUAAUGCAGCCUGUCCUGAAAACCACCCUGAGGUAAACACAACCGAGCACAUGAAACUGGACACUCCUCCUGAUAAUGAUGAAGAAACAAGCUCCAAGGUCACUAUUGAUGAAGCUGCAGCCGAGCCAUCGGGGGAGAGUUCUCAAAACAGUCAAGUGUUGUCCGUGCCAAACUCUCAGCAGCUCUGCGCUGCCGCAGACAUUCAGGUGUCGCCCGUCUCUGCGGUCGGUCAGGAGGUCGACGGAGAGGCACAGAAGGAGUCUCCGAACCGGUGAGUCAAAGUCAGGAGUUUGGGUUAGAAACAUGGAGGAAUGAAACCAUCAUGAUUUAAACUUUCUUUCAAAAUAGAAAAUACUGGUCUUCUCCCUGGUGCUCUCAUUUGCGUCAUAGUCUGUUUCAUAACUAGAUAAAAACUCCUCACAGGAGCUUCAAAUAAAUAACUGUAUCCAGUAGGGGUGGGAAUCUUUUACUGUCUCACGAUUCAAUUCGAUUCUGAUUUUUGGAGCCACAAUUCGAUUUGAAAUAAAUUUUCAAUCUCGGAUCUCCUUUUCCUUCAUCCCUCUUUGUUUUGUUGCCUUCUGUGCAUGCGUGCUCUCCAGAACCGGCUGCGUGAUGAUGUCAGGACGUCCAGCGUAGUUCCAAAAUGGAGGCGGACAGGCAGUGGAGAUUUAAUCUUUUAAAAUCGAUUUUGGGACAUUUAAAAUAGAUUCUGAAUCGUAGAAAAUUAGAAUCGUGAUUCUUGUGUGAAUCGAUUUUUUGGCCCACCCCUAGUAUCCAAGAACAUUUUAAAAUAGAAAAUAAUCAUUUCUACUUGAGACCACCGCCUGCUCAGUUCUGAAGCUUUAUCUUCAAAAUGAAAACAUAGAAACACUGGACUUCUUAUUUUAAACAUCCAGCAGAGGAUCUAUCAUGGUGAGAGGGCCCUCUGCUGGAAAAGAUAAGUCAUAACACCUCUUUUUUAUUGUACUCUGCAUGAAAUCCUCUGUUAUGUAAGUUUUCAUAGGAAAACAUUGAUACCUGAGAUUGUUAAAGUUUAGCUGAGAAGUGGAAAAAUGUCGCUCAGGCUUUACACAGAUGACGACAGAAAACCAGGACAGUUUGCUCUGACUCAGAAAAAUGUCAUUUCCUCAUUAUAUGCUCUUAUUCCUCCUCUCUCAUGAGUCAACAAAAGAUUAAGUUCCUAAUUCAUAAUUAUUUAGCCGUAGACAUUGGAUAAAAAAACAGUCUGUAUUAUUGGUCGUCUGGCUGGUCCUGUAAACACAUCAACAGUGUUUUAUAUCUGUAGUUGUAUUAGGCUGUCAUGUUAGAUCAGUCUUCAGGCAGCUUCAUGUCAUUGAUGAUUUGAUUUCUAAAGAGGUAACUUGAUUUGUCGAGUAUCGAGUAGACUCAGGAAAUGACCAGUCAUGCUGUGCGUAGUUUCUUUACGUUCAACAACUCGGCAGUUUCACAAACUUCCUCCUCAUUACAUAAAGCUGCCUCUGUCAAAUCUGUGUUAUACAUCAGCAGACCGAACCUCCGCUCUGUGUAAAUAAAUAUCAAUCAGAUAUGUUUAAUUUCAGCGUUAUCUCAGAGAGCUCUCCUGCGUGCACGGAGGCCGAUGCUCAAGUCACAAAGAGUCACGAUGCCUCUGAGUCUUCUUCUGGACCACAUCCGGCCGGACUCGACCACAGCGGACAGGAACAAGAUUCAGCCAACUCUGUGAGGGAGUCAGAGACCACAGCUCUGACAGAAUCCAGCGAGAGGUCAGUGAGUUCAGUGUUUGUGACUCCAAAACAAGACGCUUGUUUACAUAAACUUUGUUCCAGUUUCUAUGAAAGCUCUCAGUAACCACUAGAGGGCACAGAGACUCCAGAGUUUGUUAUUGUAGCUGUAUUUGUUUCCUGAUAUAUUGUUAUUUUAGUGACAAAUUUAAAAAGAGCUUCACCACGAGGGUUGAGGACAUGAGUGAUAAUGUUUGUAUCACACACAGUGGAUCAGGAAAAGCAACAACGGUCUCUCUUUCUCUCUCUGUAGUUCAAAGCCUGAUCAAGAUGCAAACCCAGAUCUGGACUCAAAAGAAGUCGCAGCCUUGGAGAGCGUACAGCAGGAUAUCGAUGAGGAAGUGAAUCUGAAAGAACAGGGAAAAGAUGAAGACGUUCCUGGAGUGAAGGAGGAAAAAGAGAUGAAGGAAGAGGCUGAAACCGCGGCUGUGAAAGAUACUGAAGUCGAGGAAGUCACUGAUAAGGAGGAGCAGCUGACAGAGGGCACGUCUGCUGAUGUGAAGGCAGAUGAGACGAUGAGGCCGGAGAAGGAGGAGUCUCCUGGAGACAGCCUGGGGAACAGGUUUGUGGUGAUUUAAGCCUCUUUUUAAGGGUCAACAUCAGACAUCAGGGGGGUAAAACUGAGAGACACAAAUUACAGAACAGUACUGUUAUAAUUUUGUAUUCUUUUAGCUUCACUCCACUGGCUGACGAAAUCCCUCUCUGAGCUUCUACACUUUUAUACUCCUUCCCCGCUCUCUCGGGUCAGCUGCUCCUGACAGAGCCUAAAACAGAGGUUCUCAAGUCCAGUCCUCGAGGCCCACUGUUCUGCAUGUAUUUGAUCUUUCCCUGCUUCGACACACCUGACUCUAACGAUCAGCUCGUUAUCAAGCUCUGUAAUGGCUUAAUAACGAGCUCAUCAUUUGAAUCAGGUGUGUUGGAGCAGGGAAACAUCAGGCAGGCCUCCUCUUUGCCUGUUUUUAAAUCACAUCCCACCUCUUCUCCUUGACUUUUAACACCCAAUAGGAGGUUGACUUCAUUCAUUUUAUUUUAUUGAUUUAAUUAAUUGUGUUUGUUUUUAAUUUGGUUUUACUGUGUUUUAUCUCAUUUUACCUUAUCUAUUGUGCUUCCGCUGUGUUAUUUAUUGUAUUUUUAUCUUGCUGUGCAGCACUUUGGAAACCUUGUGUUUGCUUAUAUCGUGCUGUAUAGAAAAUGGAUUGGAUUGGAUUGGAAAUGCAAAAAAAUAAUAUUAUAGAUUGGCCAUCGACUAAUCUGCUCUCUCACAGUCUGUAUCGGCCAUUGAAUGACCGAUAUCAGUGAACUCUCUCAUAUCUGAGGGCCUAGCUUUGACUGCAGCAGAUUCACAGUACUUCACACAAGAUAUCAAAAGAAAACGACAUUGAAAGAAAACAUUUAGAAAUCAUUAAAAUUCUGACAAAUUCCUGAUUUAUUCUGUCUGAAAACUAAACCUCAGAAACGUCUGCUUCACCACCUUCAGCCAUGGUUGUUGUUAUUCUGCUCUGUGUGGGCUACAGCUGGGAGUCCGUCACUUGUGCUUUUGUCAUCAACUUGCAUUUAUCGUAUUUAUCAUGAGAUAGCAAAUAUUUAUCAUGGAGGAUUUUUCUGACGAUAUAUCGUGAAUGAUAAUUUAUCGCCCAUCCCUAGAAUCAAUCCAGAUUUACUGUGAGCGCACUGAAAUAAAAGAAGCUGAAUGAGCCACAGGAUCAGUCUUAGACAGGAGCUGAUCAUCAUAUUUGACAAACUCAGAGUACAGAGUUGGAAAAACAGGAAGAAGGUGAAUGUUUGUAUCCCAGACUUAAGCUGCGUUUGUAGAAUAAAAGAAGAACUCCCAGAGAGAUAAUGCACUCAUGUAAAAUCACAUCAUGCGUGCAGACAGACAGAGCUCUCUAUAAUCACUCAUAUUUCCCUUUAAACUAAUUUGAUGUCCUGAGUUUUUUCCUCUCUCUCGGUCUGUCUGAUAGUUUUUCUCGUGAUCUUUCAGCUGCAGCCCUGAUGGUGUAUUCAAUAUUCAGUUCUAUAUGAAGUCAAUAUUAUAGUAUCUAACAAACGUCACUGUAGCAGCUCACAGGGACUAUUUUCAUCUGAGGAUUAACACCAGUUUUGUGCACUAGUGAGUAUUUUAAGCAGCAGGAAGGUGUGAGAUUAACUUAAAAUAAACAUAAGUGUUCGUGCUGAUUUAAGUGAACAUGUCACUCCACUCCACCGCGGCGUUCACAGGAAACUGUGGCCCACAGACUUUGACUACACUCUAAAUACAAAUCAGGUAUUAAUAUUCAUCCUGGUGCUUUAUUCUCUUUCUCCUUUCAGUGAUGAAGACCUGUACAGAGGAGCCGAAGAGCUGCCGGCGUCACAGAAAAAUAAACCGUCAGAAACGACAUGUGAGCACAUCCAAAUCACACAACGCUGUCAUUAAAUCAACCGCAGCUCCAACAGCAGGACUUUUGUUCUUCAAAAGGACAAUAGACCUUUUGUUUUGUCAUCAUUUCCUCUUUCUCUCCUGUGUUUUCUUUUUUUUUUGUCACCCAGUUUUAAAGUUAGAGGACAGAUGCAGUCUGGCUCCGGCUGUGGAUAUCCUGUCAUACAGUGAGCGAGAGUGGAAAGGAAACACUGCCAAAAGUGCUCUCAUUAGAAAGGUCGGUGUUAGAAGCUGGUGUGUGUGUUUUAGAUGAAAGUUUCUCUGUGUUUGUGAUGCUCAGACAAACUUCCUCUACUGCAGGGUUAUAAAGAGAUGUCCCAGAGGUUUGGCAGCUUAAGGAGGGUGAGGGGAGACAACUACUGCGCCCUCCGAGCCACGCUUUUCCAGGUGCUCUCACAUAGUACGCAGCUGCCCGAGUGGCUGCAAGAGGAGGACAUUACCACGGUAAAAAUGAGAACAGCCCAUCAAAGUCCCAAUAAAUAUGUCACAAACUAAGCAAACCCUACAUAAAGAUGUAACUUCUGCACAUAUGAAGGGCUGAACUUUGCUUUUUAGCAUUAUUCAUUCCCAAAUCUUCCACUUAAAGUUUGAAACAUGUUAAUUUGAAAACAAAAGAAGGGUUAUUUUGAGGUGUUUUACCUGCUAACAGGACAGUUUAUACUCUGAGAUCAUAUCUGCUGUGGCUUCUGAGCUAACGAAAGCUUAAUGACUUUUUAAUGUUUCUACUUAAAUGCUCUCAUGAGGAGUUUUUACCUCAUUAUAAAACUGUGAUGUUAUCACUGAAGCCUCAUUAUGACCAAUGGAAAGCAACCAGACGAGUAUUUCUUGGUAGUUGUAGGUCGGUGUCACCCUUGUCCAUGAACAGUCGCUGUAGAAACAAACUUUUAUUUUCCCCACUGCAUAUGAUUAUUAUAUUCGACACAUUUGUAUGAAAGAGGAUUAGGGCCACAAGAAGAGAAAAAAAUAAUUACAGAAAGGAGAUUUUUUUUAAUUUCAAUAUCGAGAUUAAAGACGAAAUUUCGAGAUUGAAGUCGAAAUUCAAAAUAGUGGAAAUUUCGACUUUAUAAAUGUUGACUUUAAUCUUGAAAUUUUGACUUUAAUCCCCUUCCUGUAAUUAUUUUUUUCACUUCUUGCGACCCUAAUCCUCUUUCGGACAUUUGGUAUCGCAAAGAAGUUUUUUGGUUUUUUUUUGUCAAUAAACUGUUUAAAAGCUCAGCAGAGAAAUAAGACCUGUUGCUUUCUUCACAGGGGGGCCUCAUACCAGAGAAAGACCAGUGAAUCAGUCAUAAUCAGACCCACUGUCCCUUUGACACAAUCAGACAUUUGACAUUUAUCUUGUAUUUUUUAUCUUUCUUACUAAUUUCAGAUUGCAGAACUAUCAAAAAUUUCAAAAAUAGAGAUAUUUUACAGAGUCAGAAAUGAUCAGUCUCCAUUUAUCUAAAGCUGCUGUGAGGAACUUUUGGUUUACACCAAUUCUGGCGCCCCCUUUUGGGCAAAGAGAUACUUUCUAUCUCUGUUUUGUGCAUGUGAAAGUAGUUUUUUUGUUGUUGUUUUCAUUUUUCUCAGACAUAAACCUAAUUUUAUUGUCUUUUAACAGAAUGAUCUUAAACACCCUUUCAAACGGUUUUUGGACCUUAAACAGAAUAAUUUUGUCUCUGCACAUCAUAUCUAUGAGGACUGGGACGAUAUGCUUUUCUCUCGAUUUGAUUCCUCUACGAUUUUUUUUGGAUGCCGAUUCGAUAUAAAUUGCGAUUCUACGACUUUCUCGAUCUUUAGUCUGCGUUUUUAACUCCAAUGAAACAGUUGAAUGUUUAUGAUUUCCCCAAAAAAUUACACAUCACAUGUGAGUCAGUUUUUAAGAUUUAUUCUUAAACUUGAAAAAAAAGGUUUUUGAACAUAAAUCGAUUUAAAAAUUGUAAAACCAAAAAUCCCAGUACUUAUGUGAAUCGAUUUUUUUCUCCCACCCCUCAUCUCUAUCCCAUGAAAUUAUAUCACAUCAAACCAUAUCUAUUAAAAUCUAUUGUUUUGUAUCAUCGCAUAUCAGAUUGUUUUCCACUGUAGUGUUGGUAGUGGUUAAUUUUUUUGGUGGUUAUAACUUUACGAAAUCAAAAAUCUGUAUCUUUUCCACUUUUUCAAGAUUUUUGUGCUUCUGUCUCUUUCAGCACUGCUGCGAUGACAGUUCAUCAUUUAACGUCUGUUUGUUUACAGCUGCCAAAACAACUGGAGGCUCAGGAGGGUCUGAUAAGUCAGUGGACAUUUCCUGGAGAGUGUGUGCAGGGAGACGGGACAGGAGAUGCCAUCGCUCAGCUGGAAGGAUACGUGGAGCUCCUCAGAAAUAAGGUACUGACUCAGAUCUGCUCCGAAACAUUUAGUCACUUCAGCUGCACAGAACCAGGGAACCACAGCCGAGCUAUUUUUAUGCCGUUCAUGGACACUGAGGGUAUUGAUACUCACCCUCAGAGCUCUUACAUGUGAUUGCUUCCAUAUGUUAAAGGGAGGUAGUCAUGGCUUUUUCUUUUCCUUUUUUCUGGAGUCAUUAACACACAGACUUGUAAUGCUGGAGGGGAAUACUGUUACAACCGCACCGCCUCUCCUCUGAAACACUGUGAGGCUACAGGCGGGGUUUACAGUCCGUCACUGCCACUAGCAGCUUCUGAGGAACUCUGGUGUUUACUGCACGUGUGUUUUCAAAGAGCCAGGUCUCUGUCGCUUUAAGAGAGGUGCCUGACAUUAUGGAAAACAUACCGUUACACCCACAAUAGGCUGCUCUGUGUUAUUCCCAGCUGUCCGAAAAUAUGACUUUCUAGGUAGAGUUAUUUAGAGUGGCGUGCAGGAAAUGGGAAUAAACGGGGAAUACAUCCAACAAUAGCCCCGCAGACAGGAGGUUACACAGUUGAAAUGUAUUAUUCGAGUUAUUUUAGUCUGGAGUUGAUGUAGUUGGGAGGGAAAUAUGCCAAGUUUGCAUUUUAAAUCAGACACCGAAUCAACACCAUGUGCUCUUUUUCUGAAGUUCAGCUCAACAACAUCAAAAGAAAUGUGUCAUCUAUGUAAAUACUAAUGCGUCUUGAUGCAUCCCAGCAAAAAGUCAACAGGAAAAUAUCCCGUUAACUCCAGACAGUGUGGUUGGUUCGGUGUCAGUAUUGUCCUGACAGUGCUGCAGAGUUUUGCAUGCGUACUUGAAGUAUUCUGCAAAACAUUCCUGCUGUUUUGAGUCAUACUCUGUAUCAGGGCGCUUCGGCCUUGUUGCAGUGGUGAAGCAGGUAUUCAUGCUGUAAAUAUUAACCCAUUAGGACCUGAACCCUGUCAGAGACACGCCUCUGAAAUCCUGAGGACAAUCUGGGGUCCCCAGAUCCAGAGGUUUACUGAAGUGUUGAGGUUUACAAAAAAGCAGAUAUCUCAGCCUCUGUAGCAGAUAGAAACAAAAUUCAACAAGUAUUUAAGAGCUUAUACAUGUGGCUUUCAAGAAAACUAUCUUUUAUUUUUCCCAGUCUUCAUCACAUUUUUGAAAACCUUGAACAAACAAACUCAAAUGAAAUAAAGCUGCUGUAUAAAUAAAAGUAAAGAGUCUGCACUGGAGAAUAACAAACUAUUUGUUUUCAGUAAAACAAGUGGCAGUCAUCAUAAAGUGUCCGUUAAAUACAAAUAUAAAGAUAAAAAAUAAAGUGUAAAAAGGGUCUGGAGCUGCCCUAGUAUAGUGCCAGAACAAAAGCAGCACUAAAAAUUACAAUAAAUACGUGGCUGACAGUGUGUUCAUCUCUGAUCUCACCCAAAGUCAUGUAACACUCACAGAAAUCGGCGAUAGUGUGAACCAAAGACCUCAAUAUGAAGAAGUUUUUCACACUGCUGGAUGCUUCUCCACCGAAGCUGCUCUCUGCCUCCGUCAGUGUUUACUUUCCUCUCGAAGCACGUAGCAAGAUCCCAGCAUGAAUCCGGUCACUUUUUCAGAGGCAGACGGGUAUGAUGAUCUGAUUCACCACGACUCAAGAAAUGAUUGAAAAACUACACAAUGUUACAAAAUGACGUAUCUGCGCUCCCGACUUAAAGGGUAGAAAUAAUCAGCGGCGCCGCCAGCUCGAAUACACGCUUCUCCCAGCUUUAAGGGUUGAAACACCUACAUGCACCCGGCUUUCUGAGUAGAAAUGCACAGCCGCGCCCCCGGCUUGGAAGGUUGAAAUGCGUACAUGCGUCCAGAUUUAAAUGGGUUAAAGAUGCAGGAGAGGAACGGCUGUGAACAAUCACAUAUUUCAGCUGUUGAAACACAAGAAUAAACAGGCACAGAUUCAUCCUGUUAUACUUUGAUGUUCGCUGUAGAAUAAUAGUCGGCCACGGAUGCACUUAACAUUCCUGUCAAGAGGAAAUCACAAUCAUAAAUUACAAAGAGUGUAUACAAAGUUCACUGAGAUCAUAAAAAUAUAACUUGAAAGUAAGUUGCAGCCAGUCGAGUGCGUGAAUGGAGGCUAUUUCAGGGCUGUGCUGCAGGAUAAAACUUCCCCUCGGUUCGUUUUAAGUCUCAGGAUGACCUGGUGGCCAACAUGCCCUCAGAGUCUUACAUGUUUCAUAUGACACAAGCAUGUCAGAGAUGUGUUUGAGUGCUGAGCCACAGAGAGAGACUACACAUGAGCAGAGGAAUCAAUUCUCGGAGUCAGGGGUGGCCUGUGCGAGGGUUUAAAGACCCGCUCCAAAGAAAAUCAUGUUUUUCUUGUUUUUUAUAAGUUCAUAUGGCAUUUUUCUGAUGUUACAGGACAUACCAUGAGAAAACUAAAUUCAAAAUUUCUUUUCUGAGUAUUUCUUCAUUCAAAUCGCCGAGAAUCUCUGGCAGACCCAAACGGCAGGUCAAGAAAGUGGGAGAUUUCCUAUGUAAUCAAUCUAAGCUCCGCCCCUGGAGCCCCACUCUGCAUAUAGAGGAGAAAUAAAGAGGACGAUUGCGGCGCAAGCGUAUGCGUUGAGGAUUGCAGUGCUCGUAAGAAAGCUAACUAUGAUAUUAGCUUUCAUUGUGUCCCUAAAGACAUUUGAGCUGAAUAGCUCCUAUGUUAGUGUGCAGAAAAGCGUUGUCUCUGUGUAGAUUGCUAAUUAUCUACUGGAGCUCUGCAGAAGAAAAGAUGUUGAAAAUGACACAGAUCACGCCAUUUUGGCUAAAAACUUCAUAAACGUUAUUUAAAGACCACUGAGAAGACUUUAAGUAGUAUAAAAAAACAAUUGAUGUGGGACUUUAAGAACUGGAGUUAUAUAUUUAACAUUGAUUUUAUUUUGUUUUCUUCUAAUUUGAUUUUUUAAGGAUUUUUUACUCUUCUUCCAUCUUUCUUCUUUUCCUCUUUUCUCCUUACCUAUCGAUGUUAUUCUCUACCUCUUCCCUUGUGAAGCACUUGAGGCUGUGUGCUUGUUUGCAUGAAAGGUGCUGUAUAAAUAAAGUUGAGUCAUGUUUCUUUGGUUUUGUUUGGACUCUGGCAGCGAUAGGAUUUCUUCUUCUCCUCAGGCAUCCACUUGGAGUCAUGAAAGAGCGAUUAAAACUAGCUGCUAAAAGGAUUUUUAGAGCCUUUCAGAGAAGAAUUUGUCCUCCGCUAAACAAUCCCAGCCCAACUUUUAUGAGAGUUAAAGUUUAGGAGGACCAGGACGAAUCAAUUUCUCGUUUGGCGCAGAUUGAUUUAAGGGUGGACUGAUUAGAUUUCAUUAUCUAGCAUUCGAUUCUGAUUUACCUCCAAGAGAAAGCAGCUGUUUGCAUCGUGCAUUUCCACAUUAAGUCGAGUGGAUUUCUGGUUCUGCAGGUUUGGUCAGGUAAAAGCUGAGAUUUGAUUAUUUUAAGCAAACCAGCCAAACCGACGUUUUACGCCGUGACAUGUUCAGGCAAAGUCCAAAUCCUGCAUCAGCACCCUGCAAACAUCACCACAGGAUCCUCGUGUCAUGUGUGUUUAAAAACGGACUAAUAAAAAAACAGCACAGUCAGAGAGAGUGUGUGUACUUUCCUCAAAAACAAACAUCUGCAGUUAAUCAAUUACAAGAGAGCCCUCUGGGUAAAUAUCUGCAGCCAGACAAAGUUAUUAAUAGACCGUUUCAGCUGAACAUCCAUGCAGCCUUGUGGUUUUCCUCCUGUACCCCCUUCAGGAAAGAUGGGAUGAGGGUACAAACUCCUCAUUCAGCGAUCAGUCGGUUUUCAUUAUUUGAUUAAAUAAGUGUCUGAGACUUCUUUCAAGGACCUGACACUAAUAAAGAGAAUCUGCGUCAGAAAACUUAUUUGAUUAGUCUUUUAUGACUCGGUUGUUUCCAGUGGCGUGCGGCGGUGGACUGUUCCUCUGCGUCAGAGCGGCAGCAGCUCUGCGAGCGCGUGUUUCAGGGAGGAGAAGAGGAGCUGGGGCUGCUGGAGGCGCUCAAGCUGCUGAUGCUGAGCCGGGCGGUGGAGCUGCACGGCUGCAUGCAGGCCGGCGGAGACGUGCCGCUCUUCUGCUGGCUGCUGUUCGCCAGAGACUCCUCCGACUGCCCGCGCUCUUUCCUCUCCAACCACCUCAGCCACGUAGGCCUCAGCGCCGGCCUUGAGCAGGUGAGAGAAACCCCGUCGUCUGCAGACUUACCCCUUUCUUGACUCUACACAGCUGUCAUUUGGACUAAUGUGAACUUCUUUAUGUUUAACAACACUGCCAAGAAACUAUGUGCUUUGGUUUUCUCUCCCUCUGAAUCAGCUGUAAAUUUCUGCAAGCUAAACUGAUGUCACUCGGGAGUAAAAACAAAAAUCAGCAGCUAACGCGGGGUGUCAGCGUUUGGGUGUGUAGCGUUCCCUUUGGUAAAACCUGAGCAGUAAAACAAGCCCGUGCUUGUGCAGUUUCUUGUUUUUGUGCUGUAAUUUCUCUUUAUAAGCCCGAGGCGUGAGGAGGUUGGAGGAGGGAAAAGCUGCAGACUGAUUUAAUUGUUAUUUUCAGUCUUUUAAUAAAAGCUUUACUGGGGCUGAAUCCCCAUAAAAACACCCCACCCGUUAAUAUCAUGUGCCUGAGCAGCUGAUUAAACACCAGGCGGUGUAAAAAGUGUCCUCUAUAAUCUGCGCUCUUCUCUAACUGUGCUAUUACCCCCCUGCUUCUGCUCCUCGGCGCAGGUGGAGAUGUUCCUGCUGGGCUACGCCUUGCAGUGCACCAUUCAAGUUUACAGACUGUACAAGGCCGACACAGAGGAGUUUGUCACCUACUACCCAGACGACCAUAAAGACGACUGGCCGUCCAUGUGCCUCGUCACCGAGGACGACCGUCACUACAACGUGCCAGUUGUAGAAGUCUCGGAACUUCACGAGGACGCCGACUCGAGCUGAUGCCACAGCAGAGAAAUCUCCUGCCAUACACACAAAAAAAACUCUCCUCAGGUCCUUCAAGAUGAUAGAUUUACAACAAUUUCAAGGAGUGAUGUGACAGUUUUGGGGAUCAUGCUCUUCCUAACAGAUGAGAUGAUUGACACCACUGAUGCCUGUAUGUUAGGAGAGAAGACACGGCUAGCAGCUGGUUAGCAUGGCAUAGCAGAGAGGCUGCAAACACAUUGGGGUCUUCUUUACCCUUUAACGACAGCUUCUUAAUCGUUUUGAUGGUAUACUGACCUGUUGAAAGGAAAAAGGUGCUUUUUAAAAAUCCGCACUAUGCCCUUAAAGCCUUAUUCAACACUUUGCAACCACUGUGAGCAGAUUGUUUUCAUGGGAGGAGUGUGUGACGUCCUUAAAAGAGAAUUCGUCAGUCGCUGUUUUAGCUCGGUGCUCUCUGUGCAGAUUUUCUGGCUGUGGGUGGGUAUUGUGUUCCUUAUCGAGCUGGUUAUAAGUGAUGCGAUUAGGCCCAAAAUGACAUGUUGUUUACCGUAUUUUUCGCAAUAUAAGGCGCACUUAAAAAUCCUCAGUGCACCUUAUAAUCAGGUGCGCCUUAUGUAUGAAUUCUGGUUAUGUGGUACACAGCGCUCAAAAUCUAUCAAAAUGUUUUAUUACGACUUCAGUAAGCUACAAAGCUGCACAGCCUGAUGGCUUGUCGGAGCACUUUGUUUGGCUUAAUGCGCUUUAAAAUCCGGUGCGCCUUAUGUUUGAGAAUAGACGCGUUCAUUGAUGGUGCGCCUCAUAAUCAGGUGCGCCUUAUUGUGCGAAAAAUGGUAUUGUAUUUUAGAGGUAUUUUGUCCCAUUUGGCUCACCGUAGUCAAGCCACUGCAGCUUCUUUCUGCUUCCUUCUGCUGCCGUGAUGGAAAGUUAUAUUUGUGCUUUUGAAUAGCACUUAAAGGGAUAUUCCGGCGUAAAUUUGAUUUAGGGUCUAACACACCACAACAUCAAGUUAGACACCCUGUCGAGAGAUGAAUGUUGUCAACUGCUUGCUUCUGUAGUUAUACCAACUUUAGUAACAACCGCACGCUAGCAAUACACAGCGGUCUGAGGAGCCACACACAAAAGUUACUAAAUUUGGUAUAACUAGAGAAGCGCUCUGCAACAUUUAUCUUUCGAGGGGGUGUCUAACUCGGUGUUACGGUGUGUUUGACCCUAAAUCAGUUUUACGCCGUAAUAUCCCUUUAAUCAACUCAAAAGUAACAUCUAAAUGAUAGUAAAAUGAAAAAAAGAUCUAAGCUGUGAUUAUUUAAGAUUAACCAUUAAAAUUAAGAAAUUAGCAGUGAUUGAAACUCAGCUCUGGUCCAUUUCUAAGCUUCAGCUCGUGCUUGCAGGCGAAUUUGACUCCCUAACAAUGGAGGAAAACCAGCUGGUUCCUCCUGUUUCCAGUCUUGAAGUUAUGCUAUGCUAACAUACAGUCGGUUGUGGCCUCGGAUCUUUUAAGUUGAAGGUGGUGUCGAUCUUUUUCGUCCUGAGAAGUUCAAAAAAAAGUUCCCAGAUGUCGAUCUGUUCCUGAUAAAAAUAUGCUGAUUUGAGACCCUGUACAAGACGUGGUUUACACACUUUUGUACACACUGUACUGUAUACAGAGUUUUCUAUUUGCGUGUGUGUACAUAUCUGUGUAUCUGAUAUUGUGAGAUCAUCUCAGUUCGGCCCAAACUAGUUUUCAGGAUGUCUGUUUGACAACCUUUUGUGUUUUGCGUUUCUCUCUAAAAAGAAGUUGCUGCCAACGGCGCCAAAAUGAUACAAUGUUCGGUGUUUACACUGGAAUUUGGGCACUUUGAUUUCAGUAUUAAUUUAUUGUUUUUGUUGUGUGUUCAAAAAUGCAUUUUAAAUGAAUAAGUGUGACAGUGAUUAGUGAAACAGCUGAAUUAGCCAGUGGAGGGUUUGACGAUUUAUCAGGUUUAACAACAGCUCACACCAGAUGACGAUGCGAGGACUCAGAGGAUUUACGGCGGCCUCUGUGUCAGAGGCGUGAUUUGUGAUGGUCUGUCUGUGUGUGUGUUUGCAGCUGUGUGUGUGUCAAACUCAAUGUGUAACAUGUUGCCUUUAACCAAGCUGUUCUGAGGAGGGAAACGUGCCAAUGUCGCUGCGAAUACUGGCAGCCGUUCCAGCCACCAGCCACUGGAUAUCAGAAGAAAGCGCUCGCUUGGUCCUCCUGUUGCCUUAGAAAAAAUGCACAAUAAGAAUGAAUGUUGGUCUUUAGUGAUAUGAGGCUGAUUCUUCUCCCUGAUUCCAGAGCAGGUGGAGCUCAUUCAUUAACAAUAAAAAAAAAAAAGUUAAAUAUGCCAUUUUUCAGGAAGGAUCUUGCAUUGUGUGACUUCAGGAUGGCAUCCUGUUAAAAAAAAAAAGGAAAAAACAGUAAAAUUUUGUAAAAGUUUUUACUUUCCCUGUAAUGACAGAUUCCAUGAGUUUGAUAUUUUGUUGUUUUGUUUCCUAAUUUAUGAAAGAAAGAACUUGUGUAAGUUUCAGAAGGUAUGCUACAGUAAUUAUCAUACAUUACAUCUGUCCGGAAUUCAAACAGAUGCGAAAAGUUUGUUGAUUAAAAAAGAUUUUCCAACAGUCCUCACGUGUUUGGCGCUGACUUUUUAUCAUGUCCGUACAAGACCUAACGAGAUGAAGAUGAAACAUUUCAUACACUUUAUCUUUCAUGAACUUUUAAUUUUGUUUAGCUUUUCCUGUUUAUUAUUGCCUCUAAAAACAUUUGUCAUGGCGUUUCAAGGACAAUGUAUAGUGAGUGGGUGCUGAUGACGAUCAGAAUCUAAACCAUAGACUGUAUAUACAAUGGACAACUUGGUUCCGCCUUACACCAGUAUACAAAUUUGUGAUGACGCUCGGCUCAAACAGCGUAUAGCGGGUGAGCUACACAAUCUUCGUACGCCCAUAGGCUGUAUCAAGUGUCAAUCAUAGAAAACAUGAACCCCCUAAUAACUUUUAAAAAUGGAGCUGUGAGCACAAACCAGUCUUACAAUAACUACAUGUCAACAUCGCAACUAGGGGGGAGAAAAUUUUAUGUUCUUUGUAAUAAAUUUCUAAAGUUUGUCCACAGCUCCAUAAGGAUUGCUGGAGGAGGCGGGAUUUAUGACCUAUACUGCAGCCUGCCGUGGUGCUGUUCUCGGAGUGGCUUCACCCAGCGAGGAGGCAGACGCUGUCCAUUCUAUAUACAGUCGAUGAUCUAAACUAGGUGAGCAGAGUUGCUGACAGAGUGGUGUGGUGCGGUAUAGCAAUAAAUGAAGUUGGUGUAAAGCAGUGCCACAACACAGCAACACAAUGCAGGUCUCCUUUCCCUGAGUCUGCCAUGUUUCUAGUUUCUACCUUGUUUGUAGCGAGAGCUUGGGCGAGUCUAUCGGCUGCAGUGGGGGGGAUGCAGGUCAAGGAAGAACAUUUAUGAUCAUUUCUUUAUUUCCUUGAAGUAAUGAUCACCAUAUUAAACAUUUUGCUCUGCAGAUGCGGUAGUUCUACUGUCUUAGCAUCUCGGUCUGAUUGCAUUUCCAUGAAGAAGUGAUCAUGGGUUGAUGAUGGGCUGGUCGAGGUCUCGCUACAAACAAGCGGCUGCUGGAAGAGAGUAGGUGAGUUGUGUUAAGUCUCUAUGCUAAAGAAAUUAGGCAAAGUUAAAAAGAUGUUUGGUGGCUAGUGCUAUGAUAGGACCCUUUAUGUCCUGUUGAUGAAGUUAGUUGCUGUUCUGAGCGUUAUGUGUGGCUAUAGAGUGGCGUUUUGGUUGAGCUCGUGGCUCUCUGUAUUGCUAUCGUGCGGUCGUUAUUAAAGUCGGUAUAACUAGAGAAGCAAGCGGUCGGCAACAUUCAUCUGUCAACGGGGUGUCCAACUCGGUGUUACGGUGUGUUUGACCCAAACUUAAUUGUAUGCUGCAAUAUCCAUUUAAUGCUAAAAAACACAAGUUUGAAUUCGUCUUAAUCAUCACCUUUAGUUGUCAUUGAGCAAUACAUCAAACAAUAACGAUGCAGAGUCAAUGUUGACCAAACAGACAGGUUAAUAAUAAAGCAAUUUAUUUGCCAAAUAAGAAUGCCUAUACAUUAUAUACAGUACGUAGGACAGUCUGAAUACUACCAGGAAAAUGCUUGGCAAAAACAGAAGUAGAUGGACUUCCAGACUGCAUGGAAAGUGAACGAUCAGAAUUGUUUCUGUAACACGCAAUGAUAUAUCGAGGGAUUCCCGACCCCUCUGGGCAUUAAAUAUACACAUUGCAUUACCUAUAUAAAACAACAAUAAUCUGUACACCAUUGUAUGUAAAAUACGAUUGCACAACCCAACAAGUCCCACAACAUGUCUAUAUUUGAAUUCAAGCAAGGCCUUGCUGCUUAAUCAUGAUAAAAUAACAUAAAAUGAUAAACUCUGUAUUUUGGCAACUCCACUACCACUCGACAGAUGUUUCAUUCUUGAUGCUGCGGAGGAGGAAAAGUUCUCCUGCGUCGUUUUUUUUUUUUUUCCCUUGUAUACCAGUAGACACACGACAGUGGUUAAUACAGCCGCUGAUGUGUUGAAGGUCGGAAGACAGAGUUAUUUACACUGAUGGAUGAACACUUGGAGGUGCAUGGCUUUCUUUACAGUGUGCAUUUGAACAGUGUGCAGGUCCACAAGCAGACCUCGUCACUCGUAUCCAAAGUUUAGUCUGUCUGGAGAAACCAAACCAUCCACAGGUCCUCUCUCCUCUUCGCACUGUAAUACUCUGAGCUCUCCCCUUAAGCUAAAAUUCCACAAUGAGGCCUGCCCCUCCCUCCUCCUGCUGCGGCUCACUCCUGCUCCUCUUCCUCUUGCAGCUCCUCGAUGGCGUCCAUCUGAGUCCUGGAACACACCUCGCUCAUCGGGGCCGAGUCCUCGCCCUCCACCACCAGCUCAUUGGACAUCUCGCUGUUUUUCUGCAGCAACAAAAGAAAUUGAAAAACACGAUCUUUAAAAGAACCACCACUGCUUAAACGACAGCUGAGAUUGUUGUUGUUUUCUGACCCCUGACAAAUGUGAGUGUUCUGUGGAAGUAUUUACUGUAGGAGCUUGGCAAACCAGAAAAUCUCUCUUGAUUAUGUUUCUGGUGAUUAGCACUCACUCAUAGCAGAUUAGAAAGAUUUGGCUCAGUUUACAGCGGAUCUGCCAAUAGGAAGUUAAUAGAGACAUUAAGGUGCAGAUUGAGGGGGACGCUGUUUCUCGUUUGGCUCUCACGAGAAAAAAGUUUUCAGAACAUGUAUUCAGGUACUUUUUUAUGUCGAGGGAAGUUAGAGGAGAAUUCGUUUGAGGAAUACAAAUAUGCAACCACAAUGAGGAAGCAAUCAUCUUGGCACAAAGUUGAGAGGAAGUGUAAGAAGCUUGCUGUGCUUGGCCAAACGAGAACAAAAUCGGCCUUCCGGCGCCUCCAGAGCUCAAUAAUUAACACCUUAUUUAUAGUUUGUUUAAUCUGUACCAAAGUAAUCUUUACACAACUUUCUUUGGUUUAACAACAGUUUAUAUACCCAAACAAAGUCACCUCUGCUUCAGAGCAUCGAGAAACCUCAAAAUUACUCUGGAAAAGAUAGAAAUAAAACAGUUCAGGACGUUAAAGCUCAGCCUUUGGAUUUCCAAAUCAGGUGUUAAAGAAAGAUUUGUGUCAAUUUGUACUAAAUUACCCUGAUUACUGUAUGUACUUCAGUAAAGUUUGGAGAGAGAUGACAAAACACUGAAAUUGUUACAUAACAGAGUAUAAAAGUCUAAAGGUAAAGAUGGCAAGAAGUUCAACACUCUGUGAGAAACUGCGAGAGCAAGUAGUUCCAUUUUUGAUUAAUAUCCUGAGGCAUAAAACUGUAAAGAGUUUUAAAAUGUCACCAUCUUCAGGACAUAAUUUCUUUAAAAAAUUCAGGAAAAUUGUUGAAGAAGCCUCAGUAUAAAAGCGACAGGCCAAAAAAAGCAAAUAUAAAUCUGACAAAUCAAAUCUUGACAUUCUUAUUAGUAACCAUGGAGACCAUGGCAUCAGCUCUAAGGAAACAAGGUACAUCCACAAACAGACAGUUUCUAACAGGAGCCCUUUAAUUCACCUUUUUUUAAUUCACACACUCAGAGUGUAAUUAUAGAUUUGUGUUUUUGCCAUUUUUCAUUCAUGUGUUCAUAAUAGGUUCUCAUUAACUGCAUUUGUAUCAAACAGGGCAGCAGUAAUAAUAAGGGACACACCUGCUUCACAUGCAGCAGCUGUGGUUUGAAAUAAAUCACUGAAUAAGGCGUGUGCUCUGAUAGAGGCAAUGACCUCAACCCAGGUGUUCUCACCUGUUGUCGAUAAACAUAGCACGCUGCUAUGGCAACCAUUGUCGACUCCCCUAUGAAGCCGGCCAGCAGGGAUCCCACCCCGAGUGUGGCCCCAUGAACCCUGAAAUAUCAAAGCAUUGUGUUCAAUUUUCAGCUGUAGUUAUUGUUUACAGGAGCAGAGGGUUGAAUCCCUUUUGAUAUUAUUUUGUGGACUUGUAAAUAAAAACAAUAAUAAACAUACAUUAAGCAGAAUAUCACACGCUACUGUAUGAAGGUAACACUGAAAAGCCUGAGUCACAGUGCUGACCUUUGUGACCUUGGUGCUGUUCUCUGAAGUGUUGACUUACCCCAUAUAAGGCAACACAACUAGACUGGUGAUGAGGACAAUGAUGCGGAGAACUGAGCUGGGGGCCAGCACAAAGGUCUUUUUCAGGGUCAUGAGCCAUCCAGUCAAAUGAGCCCGAACAGUCACUGCAGACACACACACAUACAGUACACACACACACACACACACAGAGUAAGUGGAGACAUCACCCCACUGUUGCAGCUACGCCCCGAUUAAAGCCGCAGCAGGAAGGAAAAUCCAGCUGGACGAUGAUGCUUUCAAGAGAAAAACAUCAAUGGAGUGUCUUACCUGGCAGAGGAAAAAAGGAGAAAAUCCGGAGCGGGACCACACACAGCUCGGCGAAAGCGUACUCCACUCCGAUGACAUCAACCAGGAUUUUCUCUGAUACGUGAGGAGUCCAAAACACCACAAAGCAAAGCUGGACACAAAACGGACAAAAGAGAAUUAAUUGUUUGCGUCCGCAGCGCCACAAAAGGGUCGCCCGGUUGCCUCAUUAGAUUUCAUCAGUUCAUUAACUCAAGGGGUUUCACAUUCAACGCGAGCCUUUGAAGCCCACAUGAAACACAUGACGGACAAUGCUAUUGUUUCUAGAAAGAGUGCUGCUGAGGCACGUGCACCACUACCAAAGCACCUAAAGGUGUAACUGUAUAAUAACCAAUUCAGAGAGUUUUAAAAAUGAAUAUGAAUAAUUCAGUUCAUUUGUUUAAAACUGUGUAAAGAUGGUUUCUCUGCAAGUCCAUGAACUUAGAUAAAGCCCCAGGGGGUCUCGAGAUCCAUAAAAGGUGUUUUUCUGCUCACACUCUGACUCACUCUGACUGCCUCAGUCUUGCUUAAUCUGGUGUUGUCUCAGCUGUGAGCAGAAAAUAAACUCUAUCAGCUGUGUUGUAUCUGGCUCUUAGUGCUGAGUAUUUUUAUGAAUGGAAAUGCUGUGGUGCCCAGCCCACCUUCUGUCAAGACCUCACCCAUCAAAAGUCUUGUGGUCUACCUGUAGAUAUUCAUGUAGAUAAGCCAUCCUACCAUCAAUAGCAUGUUCCCUCUUCUACCAACAUAAUCAAGUUAUCGCCUUUCCGACAAAAAGUGCUUCCUUAAACUCAUCACUUAAGUUGGUAUAACUAGAGAAGCAAGCGGUCGGCAACAUUCAUCUCUCGAGGGGGUCUCUAACUCUGUGUUGCUAAGGUUGCUGCUGAGAAACUGGGGCAUCUUAAAUAAAUACCCACGAACUUUGACAAGGCUCUGUCAUUCAGUUUUUUGCUGUCAUCAGAAACAUCAGUGCUGAUUUUAGUAGCUACUCGACUCCUUGCACAAGCACUAGACCUAACCACAUCUAGAUUACGAUCUGUAAUCUUGUAUACCAUAUCUGAACCAGGCAUCUUGACUGCACUACAAUGGCUAAGCCAUUAGUUCAUGGCAGGGUUCGAGGUUCACAGGGAUCAGUCAUGUGGAAUGGUAAGGAAAUCAGUUCAUCCUCAACUUCCCUCCCAGCGGGAUACCACAAAGAUCUGUACUCUGUCCCCUUGUUUUCCUUCAUGGUUACCUCUGUUGAUGGUCUGACUCUUCAGUCCGAUGGCUUUCUUAUCUGCUGUCAUGCUGCCGAUACCUAGUUUUACCUGUUUUUCACCUGACAACCCUACUAUCUCAGUGAAGUGUCAUUCUGCCUCACGAGGGGGGUUGGGCGCAACUUUCAAGUGCUCAAGACUCAAAUUCUAGAGAUCCAAGUCAGUGUUUACAGUCCAGUGAAACAUUAGUAUCCAGAUCUGUUUCUGACUGCAAGAAAUCUUGGCAUCUUGAUUGAUAACCAACGAACUAUAAUUAAGCGUGUUCUGGUCGCUGUCUUUCAGCUUUUUCCUAUACAACAUCAGGCCUGAUUUGAGUGUCUGCUCAGGUACCGUGCAUCUGUUCUCUAAGCUCUUGUUUUGACCUUCCAACAACAUGACAGUCAAAUUUCUGCAAGUGUUUUAAAUGUGGCAGCACAUCUACUCGUCAGCCAGCCAAGAGCAGCAGAGUCUCUCAUGAUUCCAGCACCCAUCCUCUGAGGCUGAUUUGUUGGGACAAAUACUUCCUCCAGAUGAAAACAUGUAAAAAAUGUAUGACGCUCGUUAUGAGUCAUACUUUAUGUCUGAAGAAAAUAAGCAAAAGUUUGACACAAAAAUACUACUAUCUCCGGAGAGUGAAACAAACUUUAACCGCCCAGAGCGAUGUCAUAAACAUUUAACAAUCUUGCUCUUCUUAAAGACUCACAUAUGUUGAAGGAAAUGGAGAUUGGCUGGGAAGUCUUUGAUGUGGUUUUGUGGUUUCUGAUCCCUUUAACCAGGAUAUAAAAACAGAUUACAUGGAACUGAUGAUUUCAUUUUGUAUCACCUGACCGUCUAUGUUUGUUUAGCAGGAUAAGGCGCAUAAUAACUAAUAUGUGUGGCCAGAGGUAAACCGCCGUCUCCCCUGACUCAGCUGAGGUUUUUCUAAACUAGGUGACACAUGCACACUCACUGCUUUGACAUCCAGGUUGUUUUUAAAAAGUGACAUUUCCUCCCCCUAGAACACUGCUAAGCUCCUUUCUCAGGAGGACUACUUUCUACUUUCUCUGCUGUUUUGCAUUUGGUUGCGUUUCCUUCAUGUGUCAUCAGAACAAGUCCUGGCAUGAGGUCUGUCAACUUGUGUUUUCAACACCUCUACGGGCCGUACCUAUCUGCCUGUUGUGCUGAGCUGAGCACACACCCUCAUGUACAUGUUUACAGCCCUGGGAUCCACAUCUGGUGCGCCAGCCUCCUCCCCCUCCUUCUUUUCCCAUUAGAACUAACCAUGGCCACAAACUUCCUGUUUUUCUUAUUCAGGCUGCUAAGAUAACUAACUUAGGCAAACAGCCUCUUUUACAAAACACGCUUAAUUUUGCCUAUUGUUCGAGAAAGUGCGAGGAAAAUCUGAUCAUAAAGACUGGAUUGUCUUUUUCUGGACUAUUAUCCAAAUAUUUUGCUGAAAAACAAAACUCCCUUUGCAGAAGUGUACAUAAUGUGACUGCAGCGCUCAUUACUUAGCAGAAAGUACACCUGCAUGGGGCUUUAGGAAUGUGUUAACUGAUAUGUUUUAUGUGAAUGCCUGUUUUAUUAAGCUCUUAAAGCAUGGGUGGGAGUGUUGGGAGGGGGACACACAAAAGCCCCUCUGCCCCUUCACAAAUUCCAUCCUAAUGUGUCUCCUUCUCUCUGCAACCUGAAACCACAACAGGAUGGCAGAGGAAAAGUACAUUCAGUAUGCCUGUAGCAAAGCUGUGACUCCCCAUCAGCUCCAGCGUGAAGACUUUGUUUUAUGGCUCUUUAAUUCUACCUUCAUCCCUGACAAAACAACCCGCUUUGGUGAUUGAGUGAGAAAAGACUGAUAGCAGCGCCUUUGGCAUACCAUGCAAAAAACUAUGUUAAACAUGUUUCCGCAUAACACUUGGCUGGUUGUGACAGUGAUGGAGUUCAACUCUGACCGACAUACAGUAUCGCCUGAUCUGCAUAACAACAGGAUUUGAAAAAGCCAGGCACUGACUAGGUGUGUGUUUCUGUACAUAUAGAUGUGUGUGUUUAUCUUUGGCUACUGCUUUAAAACGGCUGUUAACUGAGGGAGAGGUCACGCUUCGCUGAAGGACAGCACAGACUGUAAACUAAUACUCUUUAACUGUAGGAGACCCUGUCAUGGAACUCAAUACUAGCUGUAUCAACCACUGAGCAGGGUCCAUGUAUUUAAAUGACCCUUUGACUUAAUGAGAGCAAUGUCUGAAAUGAACAGGCUACAGACCUAUUUAUAGUGUCCAUGUGCACUUUACUAACAUUGGGAUGAUUGGGAUCUCUCUCUCUCUCUCUCUCUCUCUCUCUCUCUCUCCCUGGAUAUUUUUACUGUAUUUUGUUUGCCAGAUUGAGUUUCUGCUUUUUAACCCUUUGAAUUUACGACAUAUAUUGAUUAUACAAUUUUUAUUGUGAUUUUAUUUAUUGUGAAGACUAGCUGAUUGCUAUGGCUUCAGCUAAUGGGUAUCCUUAACAAACAAAUAAACAAAUAAACUCACAGACGUACGGCAGGGUACAAUAGUUUGUUAAGCUUCAAAAGAGGGUUACAACUGAUACCUAAACAAACUCACAUUUACAAACAGAAAACGACGUCUAGAUCUAUGAGAUAUUACUAAGCAGAUAGAAGAAAUCAGAAAGUGGACACAUGCUCACUGCCCAGUUAUAAUAAUUCAAACUUUCACUCAUUACUUAUAUCUCCUUAUUGAGUCCUGAUUGUCUUUCCGCUUUGAUUUAGUCUGGGCUUGUAACCAACCUUUCUAAGCUGGUUCAGAAUUUCAGCAGUCAUUAUUCGGGAUCAAACUCGGCUGAACUGAGGUUGGAUUCUGUCAACAUGUUUAAUAAAUUGCAGCUGCAGACGCUAACAGUGUUUUAGAGUCAAGUGUUUCUCUGUCAACUGAUGACUUUUAGCCAAAUUGACGCAGACAUCCAGUUUUUUCAUGUGGCACAUUCACUGACUUUACUUUGACACAACGAUUGUUUGUCAUGUUUUCGUUUGGGUGUUUUCUCUGACUUUCUCUGAAGUUACUUUAUUUUCUGCACUUAAAAACUUUGAUUUUAAUUCAAAGUACACUACUUCAAGUAGAUUAUAACUUAUGUAACAGAGUUUAUAAAGCGAAAAGAACGGUUAGAGUAUAAAUGAUUGUAUUUUGGGUGGGGAUGUUUUGCUGAGUGUAGCAAAACAGGAUAUGUCUUUCCAAAAAACACAAGAUAGGAACACACCUGAAAACACCUGGAAUAGUUUUCCACAGCCAAUGAUGAAUUACUUGAGUUGUAUCAAAACUGGAAAGAAUCCUUACAUUUUGAUUUUCUCAUUGAUUUCAUGGUAACAUGACUCAUCCAAACCUGUUAAUCCUCAAAUUUGCAGAUUGUAAAUCAAUAGAUAAUCAUCUGUCAGUCUGUUUAUCCAAAUUCAAGCCAGACGUUCAGGAUUGUUUUCACAGAGACAACAAAAACAACUGCCAACCACACCUUUUUUUUCCCUGCUGUAAUUAAAGGUUGCUUCACCCCCGUGGCUGAGCCUGACUCUGCCUAUUGCAUAAUUUUGAAACUGCAGCACGGUUUGGCAGAGGGUAGGGGAAGAGGGGCACAAUGCGGAGGCUCAGUGACAUGAAUAAGAGGGCUUUAGCUUUAAUUUUGUUUUUCUAAUCUGACUGCUUUCACAGGUCAGCGCAGGCAUUUCACAGUUUAAGAGCUAAUUAAAAAAGUCGCUUAUUUUAACUCAUCAUGAGCUGGGGGAAAGUUGACGGUGUGAAGUACCCCUUCAAUGACAUCUCCUGAGAGGCUGUAACCAUUUACUACAAGACUCAAAUAUGCAUGAUCAUCUUACCGUGAGGGAUAGAGCCAGACAGCAGAAUGUAAACUUUUUAAUAUGCGCCUUGUUGACAGGAGUGCCAGCGUUCAGCUUGUUGCUGGGAUUGUUCUGUUGGUAAGGAGAGAAAAUUAGCUGCCAGACAAAACGAAGAUACAAUAAAUUUUAACCACCCUCUUGCAGGGGGGGGAAGUCAUUACCUUGUCAAAAGCAGGGUACACUGCUCUGAGCUCUGUUAACCAGCCGUACGGCAUGUGACCCACAGGGUAUGUGGCUGUGAGGACUGCCACGGCCUGGAAUGACAAAGACACAGACGCUGUAAGUCACCAGCACACAGCGAAUUUCACGUUGAAAAUACCACUCUGAGAAUACACAGCUAAAUUCAUGACUGGCAUCUCACAAUAGCAGAGAUGAAAGCAACACCUCUCUCUCUGUUUCUCUUCCCACCAGUGAGUGUUUUGGUUUUGGUUCACAAGUUUAUAUUAGGAUAACAGCCUCGAGGUUGUUAUUGUGUCCAAAACAACAACUGCCAGUGUGCAGCUUUACGCAGGAACAGUGGGGACAUGUGCAAAUGUUUUCACUCGCUGUGAUCACGCCCUGAACUCCAUAUGAACGCUGUGAAUCACCCAAACCACUGUUAGCCAGUGUUGUCAAUGAAGUCCAGUUCAUUCUGGUAAACAGCUUUGUAUUGUCUCUAGUAGUGAGGGUCUGUGCACGCCAGAACGCUCCAGAGGGGAGUUUGCGAGCGUCUAACGGCUCAUCUGCAGUAACUUGAGGGGAAAUAAGUGAAGGAAAACACAGAGCUGUAAAGUCCCGCUGAACGACAUCACAUAUCGAAAAAAAGUCUGUAAUUAAGUCAUUUGCGGCUACUUUUGUAGAACCUCAUGAACAUUUAUAAUAACAGAACUUGAUUCCUCUCGGUCACGUGUACAGAAGCCAAAAGCAGCCGUGCAAGCGGUUGUUUUAUGAUGCUUGGAGAUGUAUGGAGACCACAUGUUAACAAGCUCUAUCAUAUAAAAAAAAACAAGGAAGUCAACCUUUAACCAAGAGAAAUUAAAGAUAGUUGUUACUUGUAAUGUUUAUCAGGGAUCAGGAGUACUAUUGAGGAAUUUACUGAGUCCUUAGAGAAUAAGAAACUCUGUGCAGCACUUCUACUGACUUGUUAUUAAACAGAGAUCAUGUUGUAUUUGCUGGUUUGACCUUUAUUUAUCAAUCAGAUCUCAAUGUGUGCAGGCAGAGGGUAUCACCUCUGGACCUCUUGAAAUAAUAAAUGGUGUGCCUCAGAGCUCUGUUUUAGGGCCUCUGUUGUUUACAGUUUAUAUCAACCGUGUUAGUCAAAGUGUCUCUGAAGCAAAUUUAAAUUUGUAUGCAGAUGAUGCUGUUAUUUAUUGCUCUGCUCCAACACAGUAUCAGGCUCUAAUUGACACCUUCGAUACUGUGAAAGACACCUUUCAUGAGUCUAAACACGGGACUUUUCCAAACUCAAAGACAGAGUCAUUCAACCUACCAUCUAUUACUAUGUCUCCAUGUGAAAUUAUUGAGUCUGUAUCUUCUUACAGAUACUAGAAUUCAUAAUUGGUGAUUAUCUGUCUUUUAAACUUUACAUUCAGCAACUUGUUAAGAAGUUGAAGCUGCCGCUGGGCGUCUCUAAGCCUUUACUCCCUGGAUACUGUUUAUCACGGAGCUCUGAGGUUCAUCACAAAUCUUCAGCCUCAAACUGCGAUUCUUCACUUGCUCCCCUUGUGAUGUAUGUGAUGUAAUUAAUAUGAAAAAUGUCUGAAGCCAUAGUCUUCACUAUGUGACCCAGACACAGGACUUAUUUUUGCUUUCUGUCCCCAGAGUGUGUCUUGAAAUAAGUCAAAGGAGUUUUAGGUAUGCUGCUCCAAUGGUUUGGAAUUUGCUGCAGGGGAAUAUGGAUCUGAAGGAGCUGGUCUGUUUUGAAAGCAGACUGCAUACACUGGAGGAAGAUGCACCAGGCUGUAGAUGAUUUUGAAUAUGUGAUGAAAUAUAUGUUAUCGACUUUUUUAAAAUUCCGUGUUGUACGUUUUUAACUUUGUUGGAACGUGCUGCUGCUGUCUAAACCAGGACACUCUUGUACAAGAGAUUUUUAACUCUAAUGAGGGUUUCCUGGCCAGUAAAUAAUAAAAUAUGAAAAAGCAAAAUAAAAAACAUCCAGACAGCUGUAACACUGUCACAUCAGGGAUGACCAAAUAUUGAUCAAUGCACAAGCCUUCAGGAUGACUCUGACUUUCAGGUGUUAGGUGUGGUUUCUCCAUUUGCAAUUAAAAUACAAGUAAGCCUUCAAAAAAAGUACAAUUCCUUCAGGGGGGUUUUUAGACAUGUGACCAGUUGCUCAUAGCCACACGAGGCAGGUUUUGACGUCCUCGUUGAGAAUAAAUGGCUUUUUUUUUCUCUUCUUUUGGCUUGCUCAUCCUUUUAACUUCCAGUUAUGAAACUGUGUCAAAGUUGACUCUCGUCACAGUUCAGUUUUAAAUCUGCCCUUGAGUCAUGACGCAACAGCUGAAUUUAGAUGUGAUCAACUGAUCCAGACAAACAUUUCCAAGUGGGAAAAAAGGUGAUUAUUCACAUGAUAAACCUUCUUGGAAAAUCGUUUUUUUUUGUUGUCAAAAUAACCCCUAACUGUAUGUUUAUCAGUCAUUUCAUAACAGGCCAAUAAAAGCUUAGUUGUCUCAUAAAAAACGUGUGACCUCAACAUAAAGCCAUUAAAUACUAUCUUUACGCAGGGCAGUUCAUGGCUUCUGUACACGACAAGAAAUUCCUUGCUGAACAGCUGAGACACAUUCAGUGAUUUAAAUUGCAGAUGCACCCACCUCAGUAGCAUCAGAGGUCCCUUUGAGGUCGCGGGAAACAAAGAGGUUGACGAUGGGUCGGCUGAUGCGCUGAGUGGCUAGGAUGAGUGCCAGGGGCCACCAAAAACUCAGCAUCUUUUUGAUCGUGGCGUCUCCCUGCAGGGAUGCAAGUAUUUCAACAAACUCCAUUCUUUUUUUUGCAGAAAUCUCCCUUCAUCAACUCAACUCAAUGGAAGGAAAAAAGGCCAAACUUACUCCCACAUCAAGCCCACUGGAGUCUGGGAUGCUAUCGUGGAUAUUACAGUAGUAACCCAGACCGACUAUGCUGAAACGGACCAAGGCACCCAUGUACAAGGAGAGGAUUGGGAUGAGUAACGGCUCCACACAUUCCAGGUUACUGUUGAGCAGAAUGGCCACAAACACAAUCUGCAGGGAAAGAAAUGCAAGAAUAAACACCAAAGCCUCCGGAAAGAAUGCAGCCACGGUCUGCAUUACAGCAACACUGAAGAAUGGUUUAAAUUACCUGUGCCACAACAUCAGAGAUGGAGGCUGAGCCCACUAUGACGCUGUAUUUGUGCUUGAGAAGUAUCCCUGCAUGGAUCCACGCCUUCAAACAGAACAAUGAACAGAGAUGUUACCCGUAGACAAAAGCUCUAUUUUUGCCGUUUUCUCAACCGCAGCUGGAUGACAGGCUACACUAAGCAGGGAAUGCACUUUCACUGGCAUGGUUAGAGGAUUUUAAAUGUGCCUUUUCUAGGUCAGGUGUGUUUAAAUCCACACUCGCAUGCAAAACGUGUCAUGUAGAAUAAUCCUUAUGUACUGUAAACUCACCAUGGCAUCCAAUACGGGGAAUGCAGCCAGGUAUAAGAAAGCUUUCCUAGUCUUCUGCCCCACAGAUUCAUCCACAUGGUGGAGCUUAUUAAUGAUGUAGUAUCCUAAAUCUGUAUAAGCUGUAAAAAACACAAUUGAGUUGAUCAUUUUCAUCAUUUUUAAUCAUCAUGUGCAGCAGAAAGAAAGAAAGCUGCCAGAUGGUGCGAGAAAAAUUGAAACUUUAGUUUGUGGCAAAACCAAAACAUCUUUUUACAGCAUAUGGUUUAAGCACAGCGUGUCAUCACGCGUGCACAAACAAACCCUUAAAACACACCUAUCAGGAUGUGAAGCACGAACGCAAUGGCCCCAGCCGUCGCCAUGCAGAACACCGCCUUCCUCCGGUCCCUCUUGCUAUUGACAAACACCAAGCCGACAUUUUUGAAGUCGCUCAUAGGCCCGGUGAAGAACUUCAUCAGGGAGUAGGCCAGACCGUAGCUGGCCAGCAUUUCAACCGCAUCCUCCUUGACUGUGGCUAUGCCCCUGUUGAGGGCCUGGAAAAUAUACCGUGGAGAGGGUGAGGUGUCAGGGGAACGGGACACACAUGAAAGGGGAAGAGGAGUUCAGUAUGGCAGCGUGACAAGCUCACAUGUCUGUGACGAGCCUAACUUUAUCUCUGACCAGAUGGCAAGUGCUACUCCACACGGGUCUAAAUCAAAAUUAAAGAUACAGAUUUGCUUUAUAUGCACAAUAAAAACCAGACCUUUGACUACCGA